AUGGCGUCCUCACUCUCUUUAGCGUCCAGCUCGCUUUCUUUCCCCACUAUUUAUGCACCUCCACCCUCGCAGGACCCCUCCAUGCGGCAUAUCUUGGUCCCUGACGUGUUUGUAACCCCCCCGGAAGAAGAACAGCACGAGAACCCGCCGUGGUGCUACUUCGAUGCGGCGGAGGCGGCCAAGGACUGCUUCUCGACAACCCCGGAUAUUGACACCCUCAGGUUCGCGCUGGAUUUCCACCAGCAGACGCACAACCCCGCACCCGCCUUCCACCGUGCACUGGGCAAUGAUUCACAGGAGACUGUCGUCAUGCCGAAGAAAGGCGGGGCUUUGCGCCGACCCGAAUCUCUCACGGGCAGUGAGAGGGAGGAUGGUGUGCGGAUCAGGGUGCUGGACGAGGAGAUUGUGGAGGUGGUCAAAGUGCGGCGGAAUGAGGGUAUGGCGGACGUAGGAGAGGUGAAGGGCCAAAUGAAGAAGUCUAUGACCUUCAGGGCUCGUGCGACGGAGGCUUUCAGGUCAAUCAAGAACUUGAAUGCGGGGAAGGGUACUCGCAGACCAGUGACGGACACCUGGACGGCGCAAGAGAAUAUUCGUCAGUCGCGUUCAGAAGAUAUCCAGGAUCGGGGAACACUACCCCACCCUAGCACGCCGAAUCUCUCGAGACGCAAGUCUGCCGUCUUCGCGCAGUUCUUCACGUUCUCGCAGAACAACAAGUCGACUGCUCCAUCUGCUGACUACGCAGAACCACCUAUGUCUCCCACCUCGAGCGCGUCAAUGCACCGGAACAGUGUGAAUAGCAUGCACAGUCUGAACAGCACACCUCCAUCGCUGUCCACGUCUUCGUCUUCUCAUGCCCAACGUUUACAUCCGUCACCUUCUCUGGAGGACUGCAUCGACACUUCGAAGCCUAGCGGAAGGACGUCUCCGACGCCGACCCUUUCCAAGCGAAAAUCGUUCCGUCAUCGUUUGUCGGUCCUGGACCUACAACGACUCUUCACCUCGAAUAGCGCUUCAAGUGUAGCAGACGAGCACGCCCCUCCGUCCACAUCUCCUUCCAGGCCACCAGAGCUCUUCGUCGAUAUUUUCUCCAAUUCAGAUUCCCGCCCAUAUUCGCUGCAGUCGUCGGACCUAAGUCCCUCGUCGUCGACUCCUUCAUCCUUCGCUUCCAGUUCAUCUAUCUCCGGGCGCGCCUCGCCAUCCACGUUCCACAUAGACACAGAUACCGAGAUGAGGCUUGACUCGCUUCAUUUCGACUCGUUGCACUUUGACCCGGACGAGUUCUGCUCGUGA